AUGCGUGAAGCCGCAUGCGACAUGUUCCCAGACUUCGACGGUCACAACCACAUCGAGGGUACUUGUCCCAAGGAGUGGGUGAUGGAACGACACCAGUACCAUGCUAUGGCUUUUCUCUCAAGAGCUUAUCAGUUCCAGUGGAGUAGAUGGAAUGUGUCAGCCGGCAGUCGGAACAUCAUAAUGCAGUUACGUGAGGCAGUCGAUAAGAAAAGGGAGGCCAAAUUUCAACUAUUACACGUAACUCCGCAACGGGCGACAAUUCUCAAAUGCAUCGAAUUAUCUCAAGAAUUUAAUACUGAACCUAUUGUUGGUUUGCAGUUUUACCCGGAUCUGUUCACAUUAAACAUGUCUUACGGAUCAGUGGACGCGAGACGCGCUACUUUCAAUAUGAAAUAUCGACUUGUUGAAACCGUUUUCGAUUUGCUUCAAGAAUUAAAACUUUGUAGCUAUUCU